AUGCCCACCAUCUCGGUCGACAAGGCCGCUCUUUUCCAAGAGCUGGGCCGCGAGUAUACCACGGAGGAAUUUGAUGAAUUGUGUUUCGAGUUUGGAAUCGAACUUGACGAAGAUACUACAAACUCGAACCGCCCCAUUGUUGAUGGAAAGCAAGAGGCACCGCAACUCAAGAUCGAGAUCCCCGCCAACCGAUAUGACUUGCUGUGCUUCGAGGGCAUUGCGCUCAUGUUGAACAUUUUCCUGGGCCAGAAACCCUUGCCCGAGUACAAGUUGACUCAGCCGGCACAGAUGGAGCAGAUUAUCGUCAAGGAAGAUACCACGAAAAUCAGACCCUUUGUUGCUGGUGCCAUUCUGCGGAACUUGAAGUUCGACCCGGCUCGUUACGAAUCCUUCAUUGCUCUCCAAGACAAGCUUCACCAGAACUUGGCCCGGCAACGAACCCUAGUAUCCAUCGGAACUCACGACUUGGACACUGUAAAGGGCCCCUUCACUUAUGAGGCUCUCCCUCCCAAGGACAUCAAGUUCAUCCCAUUGAACCAGACCGAGGAAAUGGAUGGUGAGCAAUUGAUGAACUUCUAUGAGAAGCACCAACAGCUGGGCAAGUACCUGCACAUCAUUCGUGACUCUCCAGUCUACCCAGUCAUCUAUGACUCCAACCGGACUGUUUGCUCUUUGCCCCCCAUUAUCAACGGCGAUCACUCGAAGAUCAGCCUGAACACCACCAAUGUUUUUAUUGAAAUCACAGCCCUUGACAAGACAAAGUUGGAUAUUGUGAACAAGAUGAUGGUCACCAUGUUCUCCCAAUACACCUUGGAGCCUUUCACCAUUGAGCCUGUCCAGAUUGUUUCCGAGCACAACAACGAGACUCGCGUCACCCCAGACAUUGCCCCCCGUACCACCCAGGCUGAAGUUUCGUACAUCAACCAGUGCUGUGGCUUGAGCCUCAGCCCCGCCGAGAUCUGUACUCUGCUCACAAAGAUGGCCUUCCGUGCCAAGCCUUCGACCACAAACCCAGACCUCAUCAACGUGGAAAUCCCCCCAACCCGCGCCGAUAUUCUUCACCAGUGUGAUAUCAUGGAGGACGUGGCCAUUGCCUACGGCUUCAACUCACUGCCCCGUGCAUUCCCCGAUAUCUCCGGUACAGUCGCUCAGCCGCUCCCCAUCAACAAGCUUUCAGAUAUUGUCCGCGUGGAAACUGCUAUGGCUGGUUGGUCAGAGGUUUUGCCACUGAUUCUGUGCUCACACGAUGAGAACUUUGCCUGGCUGAACCGCAAGGAUGACGGAAAUACUGCCGUCAAACUCGCCAACCCUAAGACUACUGAAUUCCAGGUUGUCCGCACCAGCCUGCUUCCUGGUCUUCUCAAGACCAUUCGUGAGAACAAGGCCCACUCUGUUCCCAUGAAGAUCUUCGAGGUCAGCGAUGUUGCCUUCAAGGACAUGUCUCUGGAGCGCAAGAGCCGCAACGAGAGACACUUCGCUGCCGCCUUCUACGGCAAGACCAGUGGUUUCGAGGUUGUCCACGGUCUUCUUGACCGUGUCAUGGCCAUGCUCAAGACUAACUAUCUCGCCGAGGGCCAAGCUGCCACAGGCGACUCCCAGUAUUAUAUCAAGGAACUAGAUGAUCCCACCUACCUCUCCGGUCACGCUGCCUCCAUCCACAUCCGCAUUGACGGCAAGGAACAGGUCAUUGGCUCUUUCGGUAUCCUGCACCCUACUGUGCUGGAGAAGUAUGAGCUGAAGUAUCCCGUCAGUACUUUGGAGUUGAAUGUCGAGGCUUUCAUGUAG